UCGAAGAAACAUUUGUGAAACGCAUAUGUGCUAUCUGAUGAUUAUAUUGUAAAAAUGAAGAAGCUGUAUCUUGCUGCCAUAGCGGGAAAUCUGGGCAUGCUAUCAGUUGGCCAAUUUUUGGGUUGGACGUCGCCAUCGUUGGCUGUAUUGAUGCAAGGGAAGGAUGAAGGAUAUCCUAUUCAUCUGACUCCACAAGAAGCCGCUUGGGUUGCAUCUUUACCUACAUUAGGUGGAAUUGCAGGUGCCAUUAUUUGUGCAGUCAUUAUAAAUAUCUUCGGUAGAAAAAAUAUCAUGUUAUUUACUGUCGUACCUUCGAUAAUCAGCUGGUUGAUGAUAGCCUUUGCAACAUCUUUGACAGAGCUGUAUAUAUCAAAAUUUACAGCCGGUUUGGCUAUAGGCAUCACUUUGACAGUCACGCCGAUAUAUUUGGGCGAAAUUUCACCACCACACAUCCGCGGUAAUUUAACAUGCAUGUCAAUAGUCGCUGUGAACAUCGGUAUAUUAGUGGAGUUUGUGAUAGGUCCAUUUUUAUCGGUACAAAAUCUCACUUUCGUGUCUUUGAUUGCGCCAUGUCUAUUUAUGCUUAUUUUCAUCUGGCUACCGGAGUCUCCAUACUAUUUGAUGAGUUGUAACGCCAAAGAGGAAACCAUAAAUUCUCUCGUUCAAUUGAGAGGCAAAAAGGAUGUUUAUAAUGAAGCAUGUAAUAUCGAGCAGUUCGUGAAAGCCAGUUUAGAUGAUCAAACUGAUUUUCGAGAACUUUUAUGCGUGCCAAGUAAUCGCAGAACUCUAAUAAUAAUGUUGUGUCUGAGCAUAAUUCAGAAAAUGAGUGGUUAUCAAGCAAUAUUAAACUAUGCUCAAAUAAUCUUCGACCAGAUGAAUGUUAAUCUGGAAGGCAAAUACUUGACUAUGAUAUUGGGCGUCGUACAAUUGAUAUUUACGAUCAUCUGUAUGUUCAUCACUGAUCAUAGCGGUAGAAGGUCACUGCUGAUAAUCUCCUGUAUUGGUACAGCAUGCUCGACCGCCAUGGUUGCGACGUUUUUCAAUUUGCAAUACAAUCAUAUAAAUACCAAAGAUAUUACUUGGUUGCCCGUUACAGGUAUCAUCACAUACAUAAUGAUGUAUGCCUUGGGUCUGUCUUCGCAACCGUUCACUUUGCUCAGCGAAAUAUUUCCUAUGAAUGUGAAAGCACUUGGCAGCAUGAUUAUUCUAAUAACAAAAGACUUUUUCGAGUUUGUCGUGAUAACAUCAUACUUGAUCAUUGCCGAUAUUGCUGGCAUACAUGUACCGUUCUGGAUAUUCACUGCUUGCAAUUUCGCUGGGGCUUUAUUCAUAUUCUUUUAUGUACCUGAAACCAAAGGCAAGACAUUAGAACAGAUACAAAAAGAAUUGCAACGUUUAUCGAAGCAGUGAGAAUCAAAGAUAUAUUUUUUAAUCUUUUUGAAAUGUAUAGUGUUCUUAAAUAAUUUAUUGAAAAAUAUAUUUUUCGAAAUCGGACGGAUUUGCCAUGUUAAUUGUAUAAGUUAAAAAGAUAAAUCAUAAAUGGAAUAUAUACCAAAUAACAAUUGGAAAAUUAUCAAAACUGAGUCAUAUUCUGAAUAAAAAAGGGAGCCAAAAAAGAAUUUCUUUAUUCUUUUUCAAAAGAGAUACGACCACUACCUACGAAAAC